AAUAGAAUCAUGGAUUUCAUAGCUGUCAAAUGUGGGCGUGUCAUUACGACCACGCCCUUAAAAUGGAGUCUCUCAAACAGUACAGUGAUGAUGAAGAUGAGGUUACUCAGAGCAAAGAAAAGCCUCGUGAUGAAAGAGCUUCCAAUAAAGAAAGAUAUGAAAAGGAGAGAGACAGAAGGAGAAGAAGAUCAAGAUCUAGAACUCCACCCAGAAGGAGGAGCCAUGGACAUCAUUCCAGCAGAUCACAGCACAGACACAGUCCUCAUCGUCAUAGAUCCCGCUCACCUCCUCAUAGACACAGCAGCAGCAGUGACCAGGAUAGACAAAGAAGAUCAACGAAACAAGGUUCUAAAGAUAAUGAUAAUGGUGAUUCAUCUGAAGUACCUGUAAAAGCUGCUUCAAGUGCUCCAGAGCAAGUUCCUGCCCAACCAGUGAAGCUUCCAGCUCCUCAGCCAACAGCAAUGGCUCAGAAAAAGAAACUGUUGUGGAACAAAAAACCUACAAAUCAAUCAUGGAAUAACUGGGAGAGUGUUUCGUUUGAAGGUAAUGAAAUGGCACAGUCUAAGUUUCGGCGGCUAAUGGGGAUCAAGUCUGGCACUACUGAGGGAGUCAAACCUGAAGGAACAGCUGCUGAUUCUACUGUUCUCAAGAACUUGGAGUCUCAGUAUGAAACAUCGCGAUACAUGACUCACCUUGCUAAAGGAGCUGGUCUUGGAUUUGGUAUAGUAACUCAAAACAACACAGUUGACCCUCAUGACACUGACAAAUUAAAUGAAUAAAAAUAAUAAUAAUUGUCAAAAUUGUUCUAAUUGAGCACGUGCAGAGCAUAAUGAAUCAGACAUGCUUUCAAUUGAUAGCCCAUUACACAGGCACAAAAGUAUAAGACAAAAGGAAAGCAAAACAAUAUUUACAG